AUGACCGAAGAGGAGCGAAAACAGUAUUUGCGAAUGAAUCCGAAAGUGAUCACAAAUUUGCAAAAGAAAGGAAAAUACAAAUUCUUGCAAAAGUAUUUCCAUCGUGGUGCGUUCUAUUUGGACGAGGAAGAUGAUAUUCUGAAGAGAGAUUUCGCUGAGGCGACUUUGGAUGAUCAGUUCGAUAAGUCGGUAUUGCCGAAAGUUAUGCAG